AUGUCGCGCGCCACUGCCUUCGCCGACGCGCUGCGCAAGGACAAGGGCGCGCCGGAGAAGUGGAAGGUCACGGUCGCCGUCGCGGCGCCCGACGACUGCGGCACGGUCUGGUACGCGCUCACGACGCGCUACGAGGGCACGCGCACGGCGACGGCGACGCGGCGCUUCUCCGAGUUCCGCGCGCUGCGCCAGGACGUGGCGAAGGUUCUCAAGCUGUCGGCGACGUUCCCCGCGCGGUCCGUGCUGUCGGGCGCGCUGUCGGCGCCCGCGCUCGAGAGGCGCGCGUCGCGACUAAGGGACUGGGUCGCCGAGCUCGCGUCGAAGCGCGACCGGCUCGACGAGGCCCGCGCCAGGGCGCUCCGCAUGUUCCUGGGCCUCGAGGCGGGCUGGGAGCGCCGCGACGACGACGCGCCGUCGACGCCGAGCCGCUCGGUCGCGUCCACGCCGAACCGGACGCCCGCGCGGGACGACGACGACGACGACGACGACGACGAGGCCAAGGACGACGCGCCGCCGGCGCCGCCGCUGCCGCUGACGAGCGAGGCGCUCGCGGAGCGCGACGCCCUCCAGGAGCAGGCGCAGGCCCACGCGACGGCUUUGGAGGACAAAGACGCGGCGCACGCGACGGCUUUAGAGGACAAAGACGCGGCCCACGCGACGGCUUUGGAGGACAAAGACGCGGCGCACGCGACGGCUUUGGAGGACAAAGACGCGGCCCACGCGACGGCUUUGGAGGAAAAGGACGCGGCCCACGCGACGGCUUUAGAGGACAAGGACGCGGCGCACGCGACGGCUUUAGAGGACAAGGACGCGGCCCACGCGGCGGCGCUCGAAGCCGAGGACGCGGUCCACGCGACAGCUUUGGAGGCCAAGGACGCGGCGCUCGCGGACGCCGCGGAGGCGUUGCGAGCGGCCGAGGGCGCGCGCGACUCGGCGCGCGGGGACCUCGCGACGGCCCUGAAGCAGCAGCGCGACUGCGCGGCGGCCGCGGCGAAGGCGAGCGCCGCGCAGCAGGACGCGCUCGCGUCCCUCGAGGGGACGCUCCGGGAGCGCGAGGCGGCGCACGCCGCGGCGCUCGCGGACCGCGACGCCGUCUUCGAGGCCGAGGCGGCCGCGGCGAAGCAGGCGGCGGCGCGGGCGGCCUACGCCGUGGGCGACGCCGAGGCCAAGUUCGCCGACGAGCGCGCCGCGAAGGACGCGCUCGCCGCCCAGCUCCGCGCGAAGACCGCGGACCACGAGGCCGCCGUCGCCGAAUGCGCGGCCAAGGACGAGGCCCUCGAGGACGCGGAGCGCGACCUCCGCCGCGAGCGCGACCGCGGCGACGCGCUCGCGCGGGCCCAGGAGCAGCUGCUCUUCCGCCUCGGCGACGUGGAGGCGAACGCGGACCGCGACCGCGCCGAGGCGGCGGCGCUCAUCGCGCGCCUCGAGGCCAAGGCCGCGGAGCUCGACCGGCUCACCUCGCUGCGGCCGGGCCCGCCCGCGUCGCCGCGGCCCAAGGAGGUGCGGUGCUGCGCGCUCUAA